AUGAAUUACCAGCUGGCCAUUUUGGCUCUAGUUGCCCUGAUCGGUAGUUCUACAGCUGCGGAUGGUGAUAUUAAUAUCUGCUCCAGUGUGGUCAACAAUCUCUUCCUUCCCCACGUGAGCAACUGCAGCAAGUACUACUUGUGCAUGAGUGAGGUGGCUAUAGAGCGUUCUUGCCCUGCAGGCUACUAUUUCGAUGCACGUGAUCAGGAGUGUGUUACCAUUGAGGAGGUCCAAUGCAUCCCAUCUUGUAAGUCUCGUGGUCUGGGCUCCUUCUGCUACGAUCGCACCUGCACCAAGUACGUCCUCUGUUUCGAUGGUACCCCCGUGAUCCGUCAGUGCUCCGAUGGUCUGCAGUACAAUGCCAACACCGAUCGUUGUGACUAUCCACAGUAUGUGGACUGUGUGGAUAAUCUGUGCAUCCGUGAGAACAAUCCGAAUAAUAUCGUCUACAUACCCAGCAAGGCACGUUGCGACAAGUAUUACGUUUGCUUUGAUGGUCUCCCAAGGGUUCAGAAUUGCACAAAUGGCCUACAGUACAAUCCCCAAACUACGAGCUGUGACUUCCCUUCGAAAGUUAACUGCACUGUGGAGAGCCUGCAGCGGAAUAUCUUGCCUUAUUCCCGAGCACCUCCUCGCAUCGCCGACAUUGAGUGUCCCUUGGAGGGUGCCCAUUUCAUUGCCCAUCAGAAGCGUGAGGAUGCCUAUUACUACUGCCUGAAUGGUCAUGGAGUUACCUUGGAUUGCACACCUGGUCUGGUUUUUGAUGCCAAGCGCGGAGAGUGCCGGGAACCACAGUUUGUAGGGGCCUAGACCUGGCUUAGACUGGCUUAAAAUAAAGAUCCAAUGCUAAC